GGAGGAGGCUAUAAACGCGCUGUGUUGCUCCGGUGUACCGGGGCUUCUGUUGGUCUACACACCGGAGGAACAUGGCGGAGAGCACGCGCAUCUCCGAGUUUACCAACAGUUCUCAAACACAGGGAACAGUUUACUGUCAGGAUUCCUAAAGAAAUAACACACCGGCACUCGGGCUAACAUGAGCGUCUGUAAUACAGAGGUGAGAGUCAGUCCCUCUCUGCCCCCAGACCGGGUGCUCCGCUCCGGUACCGUCAUAUUCCCCGGUGUGUUUGACCAGCUUGGAUAUGCGCUGGUUAUUUUUCCAGCAGAGUUUCAGAGUAAACUGCUGUGUGACGCCACUAAAGAGGAAGUUGCGGAGUUUGUGUUUUACUGUCUUCACCUGCACAGUAAGAGCAGGUCAGAGUGUUUGGUGUCGGUGGUCGCUGAUCUGAGAGAAGCUUCACUCACUGUGAUGAGACGCAUCGCUGAAAUCCUCCUGCUGCUGCAGCUCCACCGACGCACUGUGCACUCCUUCUAUGUCGUUCAGCCCAAAAAGCGAGAUGUUCAGAAGCUGCAGAAACUCUUGAGUUCGUCCAAAUGCUCGCCGGUGGUUAAGUGUGUGUUCCUCAGAGAAGUGUUUGAGCUGAGUAACUACGUGGACCGCAGUCAGCUACCAGCUAAUCUAGGAGGAUAUUUCAUCUACAGUCAUGAGAGCUGGGUCUCCUUCAUCAAAGAGAUGGACAGUUUUGUACAGGAGUUUGUGGCUGUGGUCAGGAAGUUGCCAGUGUGUAUCAGCGCUUUGCAGGAUUUCUCGAAGCUCUCUGUUCCUACUGAGUAUGAAUUGCUCACCGUUUUCUGUUCGACCAAUCAGGGGCGACUCGAGCGGCUUCGCAGAGAUCUGGGUUUGGAUGCCUUAUAUAAGAGGUGUAAGUGUGUGCUGGAGAAGUUUCGUUCUCCUGAGCGGGAUCCGUGUUACCAGGCCAUGGUGGGGACUGUGCUGUUCACACAGACUGCUUUGGAGAUGCUGCAGAACUACGACCGAAUCCAGGCAGCUGUGGAGAAAGUGGAGUUGCUGUGGAGACGUGUUUUCUCUAAUGCUCUUGUCCGACUGCAUGUCCUCCAGCUUCAGAGAGACUCCCAGCAGGUUGUGUGUGAUAUGGAGUGUGUUAUCCAGAAGAUGCAGUCGUACACACCUGAGGCACUGCGAGAUUCCAACACAGCUGAAACUCUGCAGCUGGAGUUUAAAACGUCUGUGUGCACACGUGCUGCGGUGCUGGUGCGUCGUGCUGAGGACUUGUUAAACUCUGUAUCAGAGACUGAGGUUUUCAGAGAGAAUCGAGGACAUGAGUGGAUAAAUGAUCUGGAGAGACGUACAAAUGAGCUCAGAGCAGUCACUGAGCUUCAGAACAGGAACCUAAACACCAUCUGCACCUUCCAUCACUGCUACAAUAAAAUCCAGUGGUGGUACCAUGUGGCAGUGUGUGAGAGCUUCCUUCAGGAUCUUCUGUGGAAAACUUGCUCGAUCAAAUAUAACCAAGAGGAAACGAUUCUCUCGCACAAGCAGACUGAAGUCUUCUCUGUGAUUGAAGCUUUUCUCAGGUUACAUCCUCCUCCUGAUGUGGAGGAGCUACAGCAGUUGCUCCACCUGGCUAAUAUUGUCCCUGAUGCACAUCUGGAGAUUGCAGGAAAGCAGCUUACACACAGGUGUUCAUGUUUACGUAAGUUGUUGUUCUCUCCUGGUUCUUCGACACUUCCUGACCUCCAGAUGGCUCUGCAGUGGCAGUAUGAGUAUCUAAAGAGCAGAACUGUGGAGUUAACCUCUGACCCUCAUACUCUGAGGAAUACGUGUGAUCAGAGUGUCUUCAGAGAUUCAGAUUUAUUUCCACACUCUGUAAAUGUUCUGACGAGACACGACGGUGUCUGUUAUCCUCUGCUACUUCAGUCUGGAACAAAGCCACCAUCACUUAGCUCCUUUGAUUCUGGGUUUGAUGGAGCAGGAGGUGGGAAGACGUGCCAGGAUGAAGCAUCCAGACUAAAAUCUCUCCUGCAUGUCAAUGAGGAUCAAGUUUCCAUCUUACCUGAGGGUCUCAGUGAGCAGAAAUCUCUUCCAGCUCCCAGUAUCCACAUCAUGCCAAAUGUAAGCGGAGACUCUGUAAACUUUGAGAUCACUGUGAAACGUUCAGCCACGCUUCCCAAAAACCCCUGGCUGAGUCUCCCUGUAGAUGAUCUGGAGAGCUGCUACACUGUGAUUAUCUCUCCCACCCAGCAAAAGGAGACUAGGAGCUGCGAUCGGUUAACACAGACAACCGAAACAAGUGUGUGUGAUCUUCAGGAUCAGAGUAGCGAGUGGAGCCCCGUAGGUAACGUCCUCUCAAGCACCAUCACCGAUGGAGGACCUGGAACUGAAAGCUCAGAGGCCGUGCCCACGCUCCUCUGGGACUCGUAUGAUCUGCAUGGCUCUGAGAGCUUAUUACUCGGUGAGCCUGAUCCUGAGUGGGAAAUAAAAGAACAGCAGGAGCUCAGAACCGUGGAAGAAAUGCUGAGCCGAACAGCUGGAAUCCUGCAAGAAGAGGAGAGUGUUCUUGCUCAGGAGGAGAUCUUGGAUGUUCUUCUGGAAGCAGACAGUCCAUACAAAAUGUGGCCUUCAUGGAGCAAAGCUUGGGAAUUUACUCAGAUGAACUCCUCUGACUUGGCUGAAGCAGGUGUGAUUGGAUUGGAGGAUGAUCUCGUCUCCCUUCAUUUUGGAUGUGAUGAAGUUUUGUCUCAGAAUCCGAGUGGUAAAGCUCCAUCAGUACCAGGCUCUGACUCGCUCGUUCACCUUCAACCAGUAAAGGGAAGUCCGGAAAGAUCAGAGCUUUUGAACGGUGAAGAAAAUCUGAAGGCCUUGGAGGAAAAGCUUGUUGAAGAGAACAUGAAAAUCAACGAGAUUCGUUGCUGUGAAUCUAAGGAAAGGACGUCAUCUCUGAGCCUCGGGGAGAACCGGAAGCAGUUCCUUGAGAAACUGGAACAAGAGAAGAAGGAAGUGGAGGAGAUGGAGAGGAACCUGAGCAUCGAGAUGAAGAAAAGCAAGCUAAAAUAUCUGAGCAGGGGACAUAAAUUUGUCAGGUGUUCCAUUAUGGGAACAGGUUCAGUGUUGAAACCAGAUGAUGAAGCUCUCCUGAGGAACUGCAAAAGUUUAGCACAAGAUGCACAAGUCAUCAAUAAACCAUGUUUAGAGAAACCCAUCAUUCAGCAACCAUCAGACAUGGCUGCAGAUGUUCAGCACAAAUGUUCUGAUCCAGAAGCGUCAGUCAACUGUAAAUGUUUGAAUGUUGCUGCAGAUUCUUCAACCAAUGAUUCCAUUAACAUGAGUUUAGAUUUUGUGGCCCAACAAAACGUUGACUCUUCUGCGUCAUCCAGAACGGUUGCUUUGCCUUCUGUCAUGGCAGCUGGUGUUUGUGGAUGUGAGACAAAAGAAAUGACAGACAUGGUAUCUUCAGUCAUAAAUCUGUCUAAUGUCCAAAGUCCUGAUAUUGGACAAUCAAAAAAACUCUUAGAUCCUCAUGAUGUGAGAGAAGAAGAAUGUAUAAUCUUGGACUCGACUGAAAAGUGUAGUGAAGAUCUCAAGGUGGAAACGUUAACAUCAGAGGACGUAUUGACAACUGCGUUUGAUCCUGGUGGUCCAACACCUCUUCCUCAAACUGUUAGACUGAAAUUACAGAUAAGUGCAGAUUCAGAAGAGAACGCAUCUGACGCUACACAUCAGACUGCUCUUUCUACAUCUCCAGAAUCAUCUGUUAAUUCAUCAACAAAAGAGUGCAAGAUUCCAUGUAGAACCUCAAUAGAGCUGAAAAACCAUAAUGCCAACAAUAACAAUCUUCACACUCUGGAUCUUGGAGUUGGGGUUCAGAAUGUUCCUGAAGAACCCGAAAGCUCAGAAUGUAUCAGCAGACCUGAAGAGUCAUGGUAUGAAAGUCUGGUCUACACAAACGAAUCCCGUCUGCUUGAAACAUCUGAGCGCUCUGAAACAGCGGAGACAAACAAGGAGGAAGUUCAUCACGUUGACUGUGCUUUAACGAGACGUGUCUGCAGAUCACCAGAUCUUCAACAUCUUCAGAUCUGCACUAGAGAGAUGAGUGAGUUUCAGACCCCUGUGGUGUUGGACACCGGCUCCAGUUUGGUGAAAGCCGGGUUUGCCGAUCAGGAUCUGCCCACCACCAUCUUCCCCACCGCUGUCGGUCUGCCCAAGUACACGGAGGUGAUGAGUGGCAGUGUGGAGCGUAGUGUGUAUGUGGGACACGACGCCCAGCACAUGAGGGGUGUGUUAACACUUCAUUACCCAAUGAGGAACGGUGUGGUAUCAGACUGGGACCAGAUGGAGAUGAUUUGGAGUCAUGCCUUUGAGCAGUUGCGUGUGUGUAGUGAGGAUCACCCUGUGUUACUGACUGAGGGAGUUGUGAGUGUCCGUGAGAACCGCCAGCGUUCUGUAGAGCUCAUGUUUGAGAACUUUAAUGUUCCACUUGCGUACAUGGCACUGCAGCCUGUUCUGGCACUGUACACCACCGGACGGACCACCGGAGUGGUGUUUGACUCUGGAGACGGUGUGAGUCACAGUGUCCCUGUGUUUGAAGGUUACUGUCUAUCUCACGCUAUUCAGCGUUUUAAUCUAGCAGGAAAUGACAUCACACUGCAGCUCAAACAGCUGUUGACGGAACAGGGUGUGUGCAUGCGGACGUCUGCCGAGAUGGAGCUUGUGCGUGAAAUUAAGGAAAAAUGCUGCUUCGUAGCUCUCAACUAUGAGGCGGAGCUUAGUGGAAGAGGCGGGGCCAAUGCACAGGUGCAUUACACUCUACCGGACGGACAUGUCGUCUCCCUGAUGACGGAAAGGUUCAGAGCUCCAGAGAUCCUGUUCAGGCCGGAGCUGAUUGGUCAGGAUUAUUAUGGGAUGCAUGAGAGCCUUUUCAGAUCUGUUCUUCAGUCAGACGUUGACCUGCGCAGGGAUCUGGUGGGAAAUAUCGUGCUCUCGGGUGGUAACACGCUGCUUGCUGGACUUCCUGAACGUCUGCAGCGUGAGAUCGGUGCUUUGGCCCCUGCAGGUUUGGGUGAGAGGGUAAAGGUCACGAGCCCACCAGGUCGAGAUUUCUCUGUGUGGAGAGGAGGAGCUGUACUCGCCAACAUGUCGUCCUUCUGCUCAGCCUGGAUCAGUCAGGACGAGUACGAGGAGUUCGGACCCCAGAUUGUCUUCAGGAAGUGUUUCUGAGCUGGUCUACAGGACCUGCUGCAGAGCUUUUAGAAAAGCGUUCAGGAACCAAACAGGAAGUGGUUCAGACGCCAGUUUGUCUUCAGAAAGCCGUCUAACUCCCUCAUGUGAGAACUCUGAAGAUCUGAGAUCUUUCUGGGAGGUUUUACAGAGGAGUCAGAGGUCCACUGUCGUGUCCAGGAAGUGCCUCUGGGGCAUUUUCACCCCUGAGCAUCGUACAGCAGGAGCCUGUGAUGCUCUUCAUAAGAGAAAUGCGUCUGAGCGGCAGAAGGGUGUGUGUGUGUGUGUGUCCUGAUUUUAUUAUAUAUAUAUUUUCUCUGUAUGUUUGUGUUCCUUGAUGAACAUUAAUGUGUUGAGACUCACACCUUCAGGAUCUCUGCAGAUUCCAUAAACAUGGAUUUUUCCUAAUAAUGAAAUCGGCUUGUUGGAAAAAUGAAUUAUUUCUCAAUGUAAAGUAAAUUUUAAACGUUUACAUGUUUUUAAAUGUGGCUUUGGGUGAAGACGAGCUGGAGAUGAGCUGAGCUGCAGAACUGGAUCAUCAUGAUCAUGUCCAACACUUUACUCAUCACUUAACGUGGGAUUGUGUGCUGGUGUCUUAUCCAAUUACGUGUGUGUGUGUGUGUGUGUGUGUGUGAUUGACGUGUAAAGAUAAAUCUGAACUGGAUUUGAUGUGUUUUUGUACUGAUGGUAAAGCUGUGUGCUGGUCACAUGAUUCUCUGUAUCUUUAGAUACCAUUUUGAUGGACGACGUCUCAGACGGUUAUUAGCCCUGCUGUCCUGAUCCAGGCUCCUCUGGUCUGCUGUGUUGUGUAUUUGUGUGCUUUUUUUUUCACUUUGUGUGUAAUUGUUCACUGGGAUUAAAAGUGUGCUGGUGUUUAGUAAUAUAAAUAUUGCAGGGUCAGAGGUCAGGGGUUAAUGUAAGCUAGUCAGUUCAUGUUCGUCCCAAAUCCCACAUCAGUGUGUUCUGUGUCGUGACUGGUUUUAAAUAAUAAAUAUUUGAGUCCUCAAUA